AUUUAUUAAUGAAUCUUAUUGAAAACAAAUGUCAUUUUAUACCAAAAAUUACUUUCACAUUUGGAAAAGAAGAACCUUUUUUUCUUGUCAAUAUCAAUUCAAAUGAUGAUUUAAAGAUAUAUUAUAUUGAUUCAAUUAUUAAAAAUAUUUUUCCUAAAAUUUUAUUUAUCUAUUCACAACAUUCACCAGAAGAUUUAGAAAAAAAAGUUAACGAUAUUAGCUUUUUUAAUAAUCGUUAUUCAAAAAAAGAACUUGCUUUAUUUUUUGAACAAGUACCUUACUUUGGUAUUCAUCAAGAUAUAUCACUUAUUCAUUUACAUAAGAUAAAUAUAACAGAAUUUGAUCAAAAAGAAGUUUUUGUUAUUAACUUUAACAAUAUUGAUCUUAAACAUC